GGAAUUUAAAGAUGAAGAUGCAAUUGGUGAUGAAACCCCUGAAACAACAGAAAUGUCAGAAACAGAGGCUACAAGACCUGAAGAAUUACUGCAAAGAAACGAGCGUGACGUUUGUCUGUCUGUGCCACAUGACACCUCCAUGUUUAAAGUGUCUACACCUGCUUAUUCUCCUGACAUACAGAGCCCAACUGCAAAGAGUUAUUCUGAGAUUAGCCUGGACAGUUUAAUUUCUGAAAGUGAAAACCUUAAGGAAGAUAAAAAUCAGACAACCUUUAAUGUGAUUUCAGAUAAACCAUUGGAAUCUGUGAUGGAAGAAGUGGUUAAAUCUGAAACUGCUCUGACUGAAGAAGUCAAAGAUCCUCAUCACCCUGAUGGCAACCAAGCUAAACAGCACUUUGUGACUCAGGAAAUCAAGGGAGGUGAUGUUCCAAAAACUAAAGACAGCGGAGUCCCUCUACAAACUCGACUCUCAUUAACAACUCCACCUUUUGAGUCCCAACUUCAGGACAAUACUGUGAGCACAGAUAAGCAAACCCAUACUGUCACCGAAUCCAGGGGAAAUAGAAGAAAAAUGGGAUCCACUCGCAGAAUAAAAGGAAGACAGCGUGAUAAGGAAUUUAAAGAAGAAGAUGCAAUUGAUAAUGAAACCCCUGAAACAACAGAAAUUUCAGCAACAGAGGCUACAAGACCUGAAGAAUUACUGCAGGAAAACAAGCAUGAUGUUUCUCUGUCUGUGCCACAUCAUGAAAAGUCCUUUAAAAAUCAAAAUGACGGAGAUACUAAAGUGAUUAAUGAUAAACCAGUGCAGGCUGGGAUGGAAGAAGUCAAAAAAGAUCAGCACAUAAAACUUUUAGGGCAGGAUGGAAAUUUACCCAGCAAUAUUUUGUUAAGUGGAACAACAGAUUGUACCAUUGCAGUUGAGAUAACAACUGACCAAACCAGCCCAAGAGAAAGCACUGAAGUUGAAUGCAGUGUUGCACAAGAAACAUUUUUAGCAUCUCAAAAUGUGUUGACUACAAAUAGGGAACAACAUGAGCAUUGCAACCCAAUUGAGGUCACCAAAGCUAAGCAGUCAGAGGGUGCAUUAAUGCAUCAGACUGACUGCAGCGCAAGUACAGAGAGUCACCAAACAUCCUUAUCUGAAACAAAUAUCUCUUUGGACUUCCACCAUCAGGAUAAUUCUCAGGACAUUACAGAAAUUCACACACGCCUCAGCCAUACAGGGAAUAGAAAGAAAAUGGGUUCAAGCCAAAGAAAUAAAGGAAGACAGGGUGUCAAGGACCCUGAUGCAUACCAGGAACCUAAAGAUGACAUUUUAGAAAAACCCACAAGUAAUGACAAACUCAGAACAAUUGACAUGUCACCAGCAACAGAUAUAACAAAGGAGGAAGAAGAAAAAGACCUCAUAUCCAUUGACAAAGAAGUGCAGAUUAGCUCAACAGCAAAAGAAGGCAAAAAUAAAGAAAAGUUGUUGGAGGAAUAUGCAUUUUUCUCACAGAAUAAUAUGGAUAGCAAUACAGAUGGACUUCUCAAAUCUAACAAAGAUUUCAAUGAGGAAAAUAAAGUUGUUCAAGAUGCUAUGAAUUUAGAUCAGCUUACAGGAUGUGACACAAUUACAAAGCACCUGAUGCAAUCACCACAAGCCUCAGUUUGUGAAAUUCCCUCAGACAUGCAGCAUACCUCAUAUCAUGCUGGCAUCGAAGGCUCUAGCUCUCUGAAGGUGCUUGAUAAAGAAGAAGCAUUGGAGGCAAUGGAUGCAAGCAACGGCCAGCAAGAACAAACUCAAUCAGGUAACAGAAAUACUUUCCAAAUAAAUCCACAACAGAAGAAGAGAAAGAUAGGUUCUUCUCGCAGGAGUCAACUCAACAGAAAAAAAGAGGAAGAAACAGACAACACAGAUGAAACCAAGGAAAGUGACUUUCACACCGAAGCUGACGUGAGGAAUACUGACAAGUUGGACGUGGUAGAGUUACCGUUAACUACAGAUAUACCACAAAAUGAAACUGCACAACCGUUAUUCUCUGCUGUUCAUAAACAACAGGAAGCUGCUGAAACCUUUUCUGUACCAAGCAGUACAGAGAUCAAUGUGAUACCAGUAGUAGAAGAUUUUAAGGCCCCUCUUCCUGAACAGUUUUCCUCUCUCCGUGAAGAAACUAUCAGUCUGGUUACACACGUUAUCACAGGUGGUGUAAGAGAAGUUAUUGUGGAGCCGCCACAGCUAGACAAUUUUACAAACACUGAGACACAAAUAACCACUGUGGUCACGGGUAGAAGCAGACGCUCCAUAAAUCAGCUGCUGCCCCCAAAUACCGAGGCUGCCACAGACACUGGCAUAGCAGAAGAGAGCUUAGUGUCUUUUGGUGAGGCCAGGCAAAAUACACAUAGCGAUGAGGAAAGGCCAGAGAGCAUAAAAGAAGUACAAGAUCAAGAUGCUAGUGAGAAAAAUCCAAGCAACUUGAAUGAAGGAGCUCAUAAUAAAACUCAAGAGAUGAGGAGUGAAAGUCCAAAUUUACAUUUGAGCAACCAGAGAAGAAAGAUGGGCUCCACCCGCAGGAAUCUUGGAUCCAGAAACAAAGAAGAGCUCCAUCAAAAACAGGAGGUGGAUAACGAAGCAAAGGAGACUGGAGCAGACAUCGGGGAAACUGAAAGUGUCUCCAGAAUCAAAGAAGAAGCACUUCAGCUUCACACAGAUCACAAAAACAAUGAUGGCGAACAAGGAAAACAGAAAGUAUUUGAAACAGUGGAAAUCAGCCCUCCGGGUCAGUCUAAAUUCAAACCUCUGCCUGAGCAAACAGUUGAAGAGAGGCCUGUUUCCCAAGACCAGCUAGCAGAAACAGAACAUCACACUGCAAAUGACCUCCUGUCUACAUCCUUAAAAGAUGAUUUUGUGUCAGAAUCAACAUCUGGAGGGAGGAGAAGAAAAUUGGGAUCUAACCGAAAGUCCCGUGGACAUCAGCGUAUAGAAGACAAAACAGGAGAGGGCACAAUAAUAGAUGAUCAAAGUGGGACAGAUGCCAGAAUUUCAGAGGUUGGAAAAUGUGAUAAGAAACCAUCAUCAGGCCUCUCAAAGAGUGAAGAGCACUCAGAGACUGUGAGUGAGAAGACUUCAGCCCAACCUUGUAAUGCUGGAAUCUUUCCUGUUAAAGAGAAUCAAACAUUUUCUCUGGUUGGUAAUCCGGGAGUGGUAGACCCCAAAUCAAAGCGCUACAAUGUGGUAAUGAUUGGAGACAGCAGUGUGGGAAAGACCUCCUUCAUGAAAAGAGCUCAAAGUGGGAAGUUUUCUUUAGAUAUACCUUCCUCAAUCGGCCUGGAUUCGCUGAUGUGGCCUGUUGUAAUAGAUGGAAAGCCUAUGAUACUACAGCUAUGGGACACAGCAGGUCAAGAAAGGUUUCACAGUAUCACCAAACAGGUCUUCCACAAAGCCCAGGCCUUUCUCUUGAUGUAUGACAUCACCUCCACCAAUAGUUUUUCCGCAGUCAGUUACUGGGCAAACUGUAUUCAGGAGUCUGCUGCUGAAAAUGUGACUGUUUUGCUUCUUGGAAACAAGAGCGACUGCUCAGAACGACGGGUUAAAACUCAUCAGGGGGAAAUUCUUGCUAAGGAAUAUGACUUUGAGUUCAUGGAGUGCAGUGCUGCCACGGGUGAAAACGUGAUCCAGUCUUUGGAAGUUGUAGCCAGGAAGCUGAGUCAAAGAAUUGACUCAAGAGAAGAAGCCACAGUGUUGCACAAAGAGCCAGAACAGAAAAAAAACUCAAGAUGUUGCUGAACAAAUGUGUUUGUCUUAAAAAAAAA